AUGGAGAAGUUAAACACUGGAGAUGGACAACUUUUCAUCAAGAACGUUGCCAGCUUCGUUCGCACCCAUGAAAAAGCCCUCGCCAAUGCCCUACAACUUCGACGUCAACCCAAAAACACCGCGACUUCCCAGUCACCGACCGCCUCGGGCUCCGGCGCUUUCUCCUCUGCGCCUCUCAACCUAGCGGCCGCAUUCUUCAAAUUUACCACGCAGAAUAGCAAAACCGCCAAAUUGACCCUGACCCCCCAUCACCUGUUCUACCUCCUCUCCAGCUUCGAGGACUUGGGCAUUGCCGUGGGUCCCAUGAACGUUCGACUGGAGAACAUCCACACCGAGGUCUCGCAGUCCUAUGUCUCCUUUUUAAAUAAACCACAAAGGUCUCGAGGCGAUGGCGCCUCGAUCCACUCCGUGUCCAGCGUGCGUAGCGUGAUGUCAGGUAUGACUGACCUCUGGUCAUCCUUCCGAAUGGGACCCAAGGACAGCCCUUCCAAGUCAGAGAAGGCAAAGGCCGCCUUGGAUAUGGAUCUGAAGUACCUCUACUCCGCCUUUACCAAGAUUCCCUGUCUACGCCUUGCCCCGGACCACCGAGCUCCUUUGAUCAGUGGAUAUGAAGAAUUUCCUUUUGAUACGGCUGUGCCGCUGCAUUCUUUCAAGAACUUGAGCGCUUUAGAGAUCAUUGAUUUAGACUACCGUUCCUUUUACGGAUGGGACCGAUUGUCCGAGCAGCUUCGCAGCUUGACAAUCAAGAGAGCGCACCUGGAUGAUCCCGCCGACCUAUUGACGAGGAUCGUAUUGGACGACAUUGACAAACGACGCCGACGAUCUGCCAAGUCCCAGCAAUCGCCGCCUCUGGGAUGGACCAGCAGCUCCAGCGCGCAGCCUGUCCACACUCCCGAUCACUCCUCCCUCUCCGCGCCUGGGUCUCCUAUCGCAAACACUUCACUUGGAACCAGUUCCAGCCCCAAGUCGAGUCCGAUGAUGCGAGCAGGAUCAGAAGGCGCCAAGAUUCGCACACGAGCCGGAAGCAUCUCGCCGACUCGUCCCCCCGUCAAGCAUGGCCACCGUCGAGGUCAGUCCCAGCGUAUUAUUCGACGCACUGGUUCUGCAAGCUCGGAAUCUAGUGACAUCUCAGCUGGUCAUCGCAAUGGAAGUUCUUCCAAUCUCCUUGCUGAUGUUCUAUCGCCUGCGAAGUGGCGAUUCCUGCGACACCUGGGGCUUCCCGAAAACUCCCUCACGUCUAUAUCUGCCGCCAGUCUCGCCCCGGUCGCUAAUUCUCUCAACUCGCUCGACCUGUCGUCGAACCUCUUGACCGAGAUCCCCGAUAGCCUGGCUUCCUUGAUGGCCUUGCGUGCUCUCAAUCUGUCGUAUUGCAUGAUUGAGUCGCUUCAUUCGCUUACUCGAAACCCUCUCCCUGCUAUCACUGCUCUCAACCUUCGCGGGAAUCGCCUCCGCUCACUUGCGGGAAUUGAACGAUUGCUUUCGUUGGAAAGAUUGGAUCUUCGUGACAACAACCUCACGGACCCGACAGAGAUUGCCCGGUUGACUAGUCUCCCUGAAAUACGGGAGAUCUGGGUCUCCGGUAAUCCAUUUGUCAAGACCCACUCUGGAUAUCGAAUUGUGAUUAUGAACUUGUUCCGCCGAACGCCUGGUUAUUCCGAUGACAUUAUCAUCGAUGGUAGAGGGCCGGGUUACACCGAGAGGAAGCAGCUCGUUGAGCGCGUUGCAGAGCCUCAAGGUGCCCCAAUAAUGCGGCCUGCACCCGCUGAUGAACCAAUUGUCGUGCAAAAGUCUACCAUUACAAUCAUUCCUUCCGAAACUGCAAUUUUUCAGCCAGUACAAGACGAGGGAGACUCGCGCGUGAAUGGGGCGCAGAAAGAGAUUGAUAGCGCAACCAACCGCCGAAAGAAAACUCAGCGUCGCAGGAUAGUUGAUCACUCAACCGAGAACCCAUUUAUCACUGAUGGACUAGGAAACUCGGGGAGCACCGCUCUUCCAGUUCUUCCUAUUCAGCACAUCCAAGCACCGGUGAAUCAUUCAAUGGUCGCCCCCGUUGAACAGCCGUGGAGGCUGGACAGCGGAACACAAUCCGGAUCAUCGAGCAUUCAAAGUCCUGUCAAGCCUAUGCAUUCCCCUAAUCCGGCAUUAAUACACCCAUCGCAAGGCAAAGAAAGGACUAUGGAUGAAGAGUUUUGCCGUCAGCAUUUGGAAGUCCUCCAACAAGAUGUCGGACAUAACUGGCUCACCGUGCUCGGCGAAGGCGACUGGGAUAAUUCUCACAAGGACUUUGCCCACAUCUCAGGAGCUGGGUUGGAUCAUUCAGCUCGGUUUCCUACCCCGCCACUCACCCGCUCAAAUACCCAAGCGAUCCUCAGCGGAGGCCAUGCCCUGAGCGGAUAA